UCGAUCUACAUAUCCCUUGCCCAAUGUGACAGUUGCAGUUGUAAACAACGUUUAAUGCCGGCAAAGAGCCAGCUUCAGGAACAGAAAAUAUGAAAAUCAGUGUUGACGGCCUCUUGGUGUAUUUUCCCUACGAGUAUAUCUAUCCCGAACAAUAUGCCUAUAUGUUGGAGCUCAAACGCACCUUGGAUGCCAAGGGCCAUUGCCUGCUGGAAAUGCCUUCGGGAACGGGCAAAACAGCGACCCUACUAUCACUGAUUGUGGCCUACAUGAUUGAGCGGCCGGAGACCAUCAGGAAACUUAUUUACUGUUCACGUACGGUACCCGAAAUUGAAAAAGUCAUUGCUGAGUUACAAAAUUUAAUGGUUUACUAUGAGAAAAAUGCUCCCGAACCCCCUCCGUUGGUGGGCUUAGUGCUAAGUUCACGUAAGAAUAUGUGCAUUCAUCCGGACGUGAGCAAGGAACGUGAAGGUAAAUCGGUAGAUGGUAAAUGUUAUGGCCUAACGGCUAGCUAUGUCCGCGAACGGCAUGAACACGAUGGCGAGACACCGAUUUGUCAAUAUUUUGAGGGAUUUUCCAUGGAAGGCAAGGAGUCAUCGUUGCCGGUUGGCAUCUACAGUUUGGAUGACCUCAAGGAGUUUGGACGCAUGCGCAACUGGUGUCCGUACUUUUUGGCAAGAUAUGCGAUUGGCCAAGCCCACAUUGUUGUCUACAGUUACCAUUAUUUGUUGGAUCCAAAAAUUGCCGAAGUUGUAUCCAAGGAAAUGGUACGCGAAAGCUGUAUUGUUUUCGAUGAGGCCCACAACAUCGAUAAUGUUUGUAUCGACUCCAUGAGUGUUAAAAUCAACAGACGUACCGUAGAACGAAGUACAAAUGCAUUGAAUAAUUUACAAAAAUUGGUUCAGGACAUUCGCGAUGAUAAUGCUGAGCGUUUAAACGAUGAAUACCAACGCAUGGUCCAGGGCCUCAAGGACGCCAGUGUACAAAGGGAUACAGAUAUGAUUUUGGCAAAUCCAAUUCUGCCAAAUGAUAUUCUUAAAGAGGUUGUUCCUGGUAACAUACGUAAUGCCGAUCAUUUCCUAAGUUUCCUACGUCGUUUCAUUGAAUACAUAAAGACCCGUUUAAAAGUCCACCAUGUGAUACAAGAGUCUCCGGCGGGUUUUCUCAAAGAUGUGGCUUCCAAAAUUUGUAUAGAACGUAAGCCCCUGCGUUUUUGUGCCGAACGUUUGGCUAGUCUGCUAAGGACCUUGGAAAUAACUGAUAUGACAGAAUAUGGAGCUUUGACAUUGAUAACCCAUUUCGCCACCUUGGUUAGCACCUAUACCAAAGGUUUUACAAUUAUCAUAGAACCAUUCGACGAUAAAACACCCACAGUGGCAAAUCCCAUAUUACAUUUUAGCUGUUUGGACUCAUCCAUUGCUAUGGCCCCUGUAUUUCAAAGAUUCCAGUCGGUGGUCAUAACAUCGGGUACCCUAUCACCCAUGGAUAUGUAUCCGAAAAUUUUAAAUUUCGAUCCAGUGGUAAUGAGUUCGUUUACCAUGACCCUGGCCCGGCCAUGUCUCCUGCCAAUGAUUGUCUCAAAGGGUAACGAUCAGGUGGCAAUAUCUUCUAAAUAUGAGACACGUGAAGAUACGGCUGUUAUACGUAACUAUGGACAGCUGUUGGUUGAAACGGCCAAAACGGUACCCGAUGGUAUUGUGUGCUUUUUCACCUCAUAUUUAUAUUUGGAAUCUGUGGUGGCCUCGUGGUAUGAUCAGGGUAUUGUUGAUACGCUGUUGCGUUACAAAUUGUUGUUCAUUGAGACUCAGGAUAAUGCCGAGACCAGUUAUGCCCUUAUGAAUUAUGUUAAGGCCUGUGACUGUGGACGAGGAGCUGUACUGCUUGCCGUGGCCCGUGGCAAAGUCUCCGAAGGUGUGGAUUUCGAUCAUCAUUAUGGUCGGGCGGUACUUAUGUUUGGCAUUCCCUAUGUCUUUACCCAAUCACGCAUCCUUAAGGCCCGUCUCGACUAUCUGCGCGAUCAAUUUCAAAUAAGAGAAAAUGAUUUUCUCACCUUCGAUGCUAUGCGUCAUGCUGCCCAGUGUGUUGGCCGUGCCCUGAGAGGAAAAACCGACUAUGGUAUUAUGAUAUUUGCCGAUAAGCGUUUUUCACGCCAAGACAAACGUAGCCGUCUACCGAAAUGGAUACAGGAACAUUUGGUGGAUAGUUUUUGUAACCUUAGUACCGAGGAGGCAAUGCAGUUGGCACGCCGUUGGCUUAAGCGUAUGGCUCAGCCAUUUACACGUGAAGAUCAAUUGGGUAUAUCGCUGCUGACGAAAGAACAAUUGGAAAGUGUGGCCAAGGAUAAGCUGGAGCGGCAGGCCCAGGGUAAAGAGUCAGUGGGCGGCGAAGUUAUGGAGCUGUGAGGCAAUGUGUUCACCUAUAUAUAUGAAAUAUAGAAUAUAACUUGUUGAGUGUAAAUAUGAAUGUGAAAUUCAUUGAGAAAAGAAGGAAAAACCAAUCAGAAUAAAGUCUCUUUAUAAGAGGAAA